GUAAUAUCACUAGGGUUUACCGUUAUCAGACAGGGGUGGAAAGACUUUGCAGAAACAUUAUUGGUCAAAGACAGCAUUAAAAGGAAGACCUCAGAGAGAGUCCAUGCAGCACAUCAGGAGGUUGCAAGCUAAAGAGCGAUGAAGAUUUUAUGUAUUGCUGUUGCUGUACUGAGUCUUGUCUCAGUAUGCCAGCCUGCAUCGCUGGCAUGUAACAACCUGCUGACACCCACAGACAAAAAUCCACAACUGCUGGGGAGAUGGCACAUGAUUGCUUUUGCCUCAGAAUCCUGUUUGGCUACCACCUUAUUCAACAGUUUAAUUUGGCCAAGCCUUGCAAUGGAUAUUACUUCUAAGGACAAACCAAACACCUAUGAUUAUAACAUAAAAGUAAAAAUGUAUGGAUACUGCUUCAAUGAAACUGAGGCCUUUUUCUAUGAAAACAGCAAAAUGAUGGACCUUGACAGCAACAAUUCCCCAACUGGUGAUCCAGAUGUUUUUUUGCAAACAAGUUGUCCUGACUGCAUUGUUGUAAAGUCCAACGAUUAUAUUGGCACUCUCCUGCUUUUAAGCAAGAGAAAGAGCGUCUCUGAUGCUGAACUGAAGGAGUUUGAGACUCAAACACAGUGUCUUGGCUGGUCUGCAAUGAAGAAGUUGAACACAGAAUUUGAUUUUGACAACUGCAAGAUCCUCAAUGAUGAUAUAUCUGACGAAGAAGCCGAAGCUCUUGGAAAUAACAUCUUAUCAACCAUGUCUGAAAGGAUGUCAGGCAUGUAUAUUGAUAUAUAUAAUUGUUUUAGAGACAAGGUCUGGUCUUACUUCUACUGAAGUUAAACAAUGAAUUAUUGGUAAAACUUCAUCACAGUACAUAGAUGUUGAUUCAGAAAACCAAAUCUGUGAACUUGUAUAAAGAGGAUACAGUAGCUGUGAAACAAAAACAAUUUGACCAAAAAGUUUUUAAGUGAGUAUUAAAGUAAAAGUUUAAUAACUGUUAAAAUAACUGUAACUUGGCAUCUCCUUAUAAUAACUGCUUUGUCUGCCCAUCUUUUUCUGUCAUUGUGCGGAAAACUACAGCCAAAAGUUUGAAUAAAUUAAGAACUUCUACUGUGUGCUUUCUUCUGGUAAAAAAAAUGUCAAAGUUUAUGUCUUUUUCAAAAAAAUGAAAUAAAUAUGUUUUUGCCUCUCCUCAACA